CAUGAGCUUCGACGGUGGCGCCACUGAGGGACAGGGGGCCUUGUCUGUGGUCAUAGGGUGUGUUGUUUUGUGGGUGUCAGAAUGUCAAAAUGAGGGGACAGUUUUGUGUUAUUUUGGGGUGUCGAUAGGAAUUGAUUGAAAAAAUCGUGAAGUGGGGAAUUUGGAUAUUUGGAGGUGAAGGCUAAAUUCUGGGAGGAUUUUCGAUUAAAUCAGAAUCUUCAUGGUUUGCUAGAGGUUUCCUCUAAUCGUUCAUCGACUUCAUGAGCUGAGAGCUGUUGUGUUUGUGAUGGACAUGUCAAAGUGAGUGGAUACAGUUUGGAGUCCUUUGAGACGUGGAUCAGAAUUCACUCAGCUUCCCCAAGAUGCAGAUGACAAGGAGUGACACUUCCGAGCGUCGUUUUGAGAUAGAAUGUAAGCUGGAGGGUGAAAUAGCGGCUAUAGAAACCCUCCGGGAAGCCGAGGACCGGAGUAAAAAGCUCACCAAUGGCAUGGUAGCGAUACUCGGCUCCCUGGAGCAACGCCUAACGACCCUUCGGCGAACGAUUCUCCCAGUGUACAAUGAGACCGGAAAUCUCCAGUCUCAACAGCAUAACAUAGAGCGGACCCUGAACGCCCUGGAUCAUGCGAUUGGCUACUAUGGGGUAUGUCAGGAGGUCGAGGGGGCAGUCAGAAGUGGCCCGAGUGGAGCAGGCGGUCUAGACGGCUUCCUGGAGGCUAUGAACCGCCUCUACAACGCGGAGAGAUACUUCCAAAAGAACAAUCCAUCGUCGGUGGAGUUGGAAAAUAUCUCGACGUUAUUCAAUGUCGGAUUGGACUCUUUGUGCUCGGAAUUCCGUGACAUCCUGACGAGGCAGAGCAAGCCCAUUCUCCCGAUAAUUCUACUCGAUUUAAUCGGCUCGGACGAAGAUACGAGUGGUGAGGACGCCCCUCCGUCCCUCAAUCAACUUCCUGAGAGUGCUCUGGGGGACCUAGUGAAGAUUGCAACGUGGUUAGAUGAGAGGGGUCAUCGGAGGCACGCGAAGAUUUACUCCUCGGUGAGAUCGGCAAUCGUCCUACGAUCCCUGGAACUGCUGAAAGAACAUCAGAGAUCGGCCUCGGGAGGGAGCACACACGCGGGGAGCCCUAUGCCCAGAUCUAAGUUUGCUCAUCGCCACUCCAUUGCAUCUGGAGCUGAAGCCUCCAGCAGGAGAACUUCUAAGCGUCUUCAGCACGCGAUCGAGAAAAAAGCCAGCAAGAUGCUGAUGAGGGCAUCGCAGUCCACUGGGAUUGGUCUGGCAUUUCCCUCAUCCAGGAAGCCAUUGCCCUCGUUACCCUCAAGUUGUGCUCCUGAAGACGCUGCUCCCGAUGAACAGGAGAUGGAGAACUACCUGUUGCUGACUGCGGGACUGCACAGGCUUAUGCAGGCCGAGAGGAGCCUCGUUGCGAGGAUUAUUUCGAGUUUGCUGCAGCCCCAGGUCCUGGAGGCCACAGUCAGGGAUGCCAUGGACCUCGUCGCACACGAUGGGGAGAGUAUUGCUACCAGGGCCAAGAGGUGCAUCACUAGACGAGAUUUCUCAGCAGUUCUUGUAGUUUUUCCCAUUUUGAAGCAUCUGGGAGAGCUCAAGCCAGAUUUAGAGAGGACUGUCGAGGGCUGCGAUUAUGCCUUGAGGUCGAAAUUUGCAUCGGUUUUGAAUACUUUGAAUACGACAGGAGCAAAGGCCUUGGAAGAUUUUGCAGAGAGUGUUAGAAAUGAAUCUGGAGCUGCACUACCAAAGGAUGGAACAGUAGCUGAGUCCACGAGUAAUGUACUUGUGUUUCUCGAGCAGUUAUCGGAAAAUGCUGAAACAGCGGGAAUUGUCUUACGGAGAAAUAAUGAAGUUGAAUCCAUAUCAACGUCUAGCGCUAAACAGACAGAGAAUACCCACAGAGUUCUUCUUGGUGUCUACAUCAAGAAAGUUCUCGCACAACUGAAUCUCGCUCUUGUCAGUAAGAGCGACACAUCGUACUCAGACCCAGCAUUACGAGCUUUAUUCAAAUUAAAUAAUCAUAAUUAUGUUGUGGAGAAACUCCGCAACAGUACUCUGUUGGAACUGCUACUGUUGGCGGAAUCCACUGCUGCACAAACUUACCAGGAUCUUCUCGUCAAAGACAAGACUAAUUAUGUUUCAGCGACAUUUGGUAAAGCAAAGACAUAUCUCGAACAUUCUGCUGAUGAACCUGAGCUCGCUGUGAAGUCUCUGAAGGAGCGUUUUUCCGGAUUUUCCCGAGAGUUCGAGGAGUCGGCGAAGAAUCAACGAACCUACUCGGUACCUGAUGCACGUCUUCGUGAGACACUUCGUCGAGAGUUGCAGCAGUCCCUCGUUCCCCAGUACUCCAUAUUUUACAACAAAUACAGAAAUACUUCGUUCUCAAAGAAUCCGGCGAAAUACAUAAAAUAUACACCGGAACAAGUGACGUCGUUGAUAAAAACGUUUUUUGAUACAGCGGCCUGAGGCCUGUUAUCAUGGGAGAAGGGAUAUAAGUCACAUUAUUUUAGUAAACACCCAUUUAAUAAAGCAAAUUUAGUUACAAUAUCUAUAAUAAUUCCAUGCUUUCAAUGGCUCGAGUUUAACCCCAGUUGUUACCGUGCUCAUUGAAACUGUUCCCAUUAAAAUUGAUUAUUUUCAAA